AAAAAAGCAAGCGGUAUGGAGCUACUAUUAAAGUCGAUCGAGAAUGCCUAUCAUUUAGGUGAUGUAAUGGAUAUCACCGUCUUCUUGGAGCAUAGUUCCAGUAAGGAGACGCAAGACCUCGUCCGUCAAUAUCUUUCACAAAAGACAAACAAAAAGCAGCUCCGGCAUCGAAUUGCUGCUGCGCCCAAAAAUUCCAUCUUUGUUGAAUCAUGGUAUCCUUCCAGUAAUCACGAAUAUGCCAUCCUCUUGAAUAAUGAGUUGGAGUUGUCCAAAUUUUACUAUAUUUGGGCCAAGUAUACUAUUCUGAGUACUCGGUAUAGCAGUAAAAACACACAUAGAAAUCACCGUCUUUUUGGCAUCAGUUUGUACUCACCCGAACUCUUAGAAACGGAUCUUUCCGGUAGAAAGUUAUUUAGCAGUAACAGUACUGAGCAGCCUUACUUGAUGCAAUGGCCUAGUUAUUUAGGAGCUGUCUAUUUUCCAGAGCAUUGGAGGGAAUUCCAUGAUUACAUCACAGCGAGACUAGCAGAUCAACAAGGCUAUCAGUUACAAGAUAUCUCUUUACCUAAUCUGCGUUCGAGCGAAUGGAGCUAUAAAUCGACGUGGCGGCGUUAUUUCGAGGAAUUGAUUUAUUUAAGAUCCUAUGUGAUGCUUUAUCCACCUACUGGCUCCUCCCUUUCGACCGCUCACAUUGAAUUGAAGAAAAAGUCGUUGAAAAAGGAUUUUGAGGAUGCCGUCUCACUUUACAAUGUACCUUUAUUGACAGAAACGAGUCAAUGGGCUGAAAUAGCAACAGCAUUACAGGAACAUCCGCAGACUGACAUGGCUUUAUUUGACAUAUGGGGCGAGCCCGCUACUAUGUCGCAAUUGAAGAAAAAAGGUCUGGACCUUCAUUUACAGGUAUCAGCAUGCACUCCCGACGACUUAUUAUUGGAAGAGCUGCCGCUGCAAGAAGAAGACAAUGACAAUGUAGAAGAAACGAUUCCCACUUUUGAUCCAUCCGAUAUUUUAUGCCCAUUUUCAAAGGUUGUUAGUGUUCCUUUAGAAACCGAAAAUGAUACCGUCCCAAAUGUGCUUCCCGUAAAGGAAGUCAAUGUUUAUACAUAGAUUUCCGGAAAAAAACUGUAAUUAUACUCUCGUAUUUUCGAACAAUAAAAGAAAAAAUCAACCGUGUUGAUAGAUUUUGAUAUAUUUA